AUGUCAUCAUUACAUGUGUUGUUCAAGAAUGAUAAGAAAACAAUUCAAGUUACACCAGGUACAGCUAUGGCAGAUCUACUGUCUAAAGCAUUGACCAUGUAUAAAGUUCCACAAGAAAGUCAUACACUAUAUGCUUUAUCAUUGUCAGGUAUUCCUUCAGGUAGUCGUGUAUCGAUUGUUCAGAAUUCAGGUGCCAAUGUCACAUCAGAGAUUAGAAUAGCCAUACAAUUACCAGACGGCAAGAGACUGCAAGGAAACUUCAAGACAACUCUGACCCUCUGGGACAUCUUUUUGCACUUUGAAUCGAAAAAUGGUGAGAACCUGGUAAGACAAUUUGACGUUGAAACUGGCUACUACAAAUCUCCUGUUGCCGUUAUUAUUAAUAAGGAAGUAUCUACAUUUGAAGAAUUACAACAAUUUACACUACGUAAAUUAAUGAUUACAGAAUCAUGUUUGAUUCAUCUUAAAUUCAAACAAACCGACGUUAAAUAUGAAGAGAUUAAAGAAACAAUCGAUACCUAUCAACCAUUGGGUUUCUUUGAAAAGGCAAAUCAAAUUAUGGAACAAUUAAAGGGCAUAACAUAUGAAGAAUAUAUAAAUCAACAACAAUCACAACCACAACAAGAACAAGAACAAAAAGGAGUUUCACCAUCAACAUCUACGACGACUACAUCAACGACGAAAACUUCACCAUCUACAUCUCCUUCAAAUAAUAAUAAUAAUAAUAACAAUAAUAAUAAUAAUAAUAAUAAUAAUAAUGUUAAAAUAGAAAGUACAACAUCACCAAAGGAUAAUCCUCAACAAGUACCGCCAUCUCCAACAACUUCAUCAUCUUCAUCAUCAGAAACCAAAGAUGAUAAAGCAAUGGAUUUAAUAGAUUCACCAUCAAAUGACAAUGCUAUUGCAUCUACAACAUCUACAACUUCUACAACUUCAACAGUAGUUCCAAUGGAAUCAUCCCCACCAAUACAACAAUUUGAACAACCAGAAAUUGAAAGAAAUUUUAAGAUUCAUACUCCAAAAUAUGAAGAUAUAGAUAUCACUUCUAUUCAAUUUGAUGAAGCAAUGACAUCAGAAGAUUUUAAAAGAUUGAUGGAAGCAAAUAAAAGAAUCAAGAGAGAAAAGGAUGAAAGGGAUUCAAUAUUGAGAACUAAAAAGAUGAGAGAUAGUGAAGACCAAAAGAAAGCAAGAAAAUACACAACGACAGACAUUCGUAUCACACUUCCCGAUAGAAAGGUGUUGGAAAUGACAUUCCAUCCAAGAGAACGUAUUGCCAAACUACACCAAUUCCUCUCGACCAAAUUUGUUGAACCACUUGCCAACUUUUACCUCUAUGUCACUCCACCUGUCAAGGAACUCGCUCUUGACAAGACAUUUGUCUCUGAGCAAUUAUACCCUCGUGCAAAAAUAUAUGUUGGUGUUCGUCCCGAUUCAGCUCCACUUAAACUCAUACCAGAGAUUGAUGAUCAAUUUACAGCAUCUUUUAAAGAAACAAUCAAUGAUUUAUUACAACAAGAAAAGGAAGAAAAGGAACAAAAGGAAAAGAAGGAACAAUCUGAAUCGACAACUAGUACUACUAGUACUAGUACAACAACUAGCAGCUCAACCACCAUAUCAUCAGAACAAUCUACUCCAACUUCUGAUAAUGUAAAUAUUAAUAAUAAUAAUAAUAAUAAUGAUAAGGAUAUUGAUAUGAAAGAUGAUAGAUAUAAUGAAGAAGAAGCUCGAUCCGCUAGUGGAACCAAAAUUCCAUCUUGGUUUGGCAAAGGAAAGAAAAUGUAA